GCUGACGAACAUGAUGCAGUUCACAGAAAUUAAGAAAAAGAGAACUUUUAAAAAGUUUUCUUAUCGAGGUGUUGAUCUCGACCAACUUCUGGAUUUAAGUUCAGAGCAGCUAACGGACCUUGUUCAUGCCAGAGCAAGAAGAAGAUUUCAACGUGGAUUAAAACCAAAAAAAGAAGCACCUCAAGGUGAUAAACCAGCAGUAGUUAAAACACACUUGCGUGAUAUGAUUAUUGUACCAGAAAUGAUUGGUUCUGUAAUUGGUGUCUAUAAUGGUAAAACUUUUAAUCAACCUGAAAUGAUCGGCCAUUAUCUCGCUGAAUUUUCCAUUACUUAUAAACCCGUUAAACACGGGCGUCCUG